GUUCCCUCUGCUUUUUUAAGAGAAUCUCUCUUCAAUUAUGUGCCUCGCCCGUUUGUGUUCUUAUCGUUUUCAUCAUUGUGCUAUAUUGCUAUUCUACACAGCUGUUCUUCUUCUUUGGUGCUUCUCACUCAAUUAUCACUCUGCUUCUUUUCGAGCACGCUACUCCUAUGAUCUCAUAUGCCACAUCCAAUUUCUUUGCUUCCAAACAUGGACGCUUCUCAGGCGGUUUCAGAUUGGCUUCUCCAGUUUCCUUACUUCCAAGUAGUUGGCUAACUUGAAUUGUAUGCAGACCAUUUUGAGGAUUCCUCCAUAUCUUAUUUCAGACGCAUCAGUUUUCACUAUCUUAAAAGCUAAAGGGUUAGCUAUUCCUAAACAGGUUUAUGUGCAGGUUCUUUAAAUUUAUGGGAGAUUGGCUUCACUCGUAUUCCGAUGUACUUUCUUUGCUUCCAAAUAGUUGAAUUUCUUCAGGUCCAGAAAUAAAUUUAAUUGCACGUUAUUUUGAGGAACUAAAGGUUAUUCAAAAUACACAUGCAAACCAUGGUCGAGAAUUAAGAUGACAACCAUUGGAGAAAGUGUUGCAACAAAUCUUGUCUAAAUAUUUGUGAAUGCAACACUUAAGGAAGCUAGCUACUUAUGUUGCUCCAAGACUCAUGUUGAGAGCUUUAAGAAAAAAAAGACAAAAUUGGAAGCAAAACUAAAAACAGUGCAGGAGAAGAUUGAAGAUGCCAAAAAAAGAAAUGAGAAUAAAGUUGUUGCUGAAGUUCAGCAGUGGAUAGAGGAAGCUAAUAGUGUCAUUAAAACAGACAUGAACACAAAGAAGAAAUGGUUUUAUGGUUGGUGUCCUAAUUGCAUUUGGCAAUAUAAACAAGGGAAGAUGUUGGCAAAUAAGAUGAUUGAUGCUAUAGAUCUAAUUGAAAGUUGUAAAUUUGAUAAAGUGGCAUGUCUAGCUAAACAUCCAGGCAUAAGCUCCAUUUGCGUACCAAAUUUUAUGGUUUUUGAAAGUAGAAAGUCAAUAUCCAAAGAACUUGUUAAAGCAUUGAUGAAUGAAAACUGCUGCAUGAUUGGUUUGCAAGGCUUAGGGGGCACAGGUAAAACCACACUUGCAGCACAAGUGGGCGAACAAGUUAAAGAGUCCAAAGCAUUUUAGGAAGUCAUCUUUGCAGUUGUGCCUAAUCCCUUAGAUAUUAGUGAGAUUAGGCAAAGAAUUGCAAGGCAAUUAAAUUUUUGAUUGCCAGAAGGACAAGAAGAAGAGCAUUUGGAUAUUUUAUUGUCCAGAAUUGCUAAGAAUAAAGGGAAGAUACUCAUAAUACUAGAUGAUGUUUGGGAAAAGCUAGAUCUUAGAGGCAUAGGGAUUCCCGAUGGUUGUGAUCAAAAGAAUUGUUGUGUUUUGAUAACCACACGUGGUACCAAUGUUUUGUGAAGAAAUAAGAUGCCAUCUUAUAAUUGAACUACCACCAUUAGAUGAAGUGGAUGCAUUGAAUCUUUUUAGAGAAAAUGCUAGAUUAGAAAGUGACGAUUCUUCCAAAUUGGAUAUGGCAAGAGAAAUUGUGAAGGAGUGUGGAGGACUACCACUUGCAAUUGUGGCAGUAGCAACGAUGUUCAGAGGUUGGAAUCUACAAGAAUGGAAGAAUGCUUUGAAAAUCUUGCAAAUCACUGAGUCAUUGCUAAAUCUUCAUCAAAACUCUGGGCCAUUGCUAAAGGUUUAUAGAAGUUUGGCAUUAAGCUAUAAUUAUCUUGCGGUUGAAGCCCAAUAACUCCUCUUGUUAUGCUCUCUCUUUCCAAGGGAUUAUGAAAUUCCUAUAUGCCUUUUAAGCAAACUUGGUGUAGGAUUGGGCCUUUUUAGGGAAGUUGACAGCUACUCUUUAGCAAGAAGAAAAGUGGUUCCUAUUAAAAGUGACCUUAUUAAAUCUUCUUUGUUAUUGGAGUAAGGAAAGUUGUGUGAAGAUGCAUGACUUAGUUCAUUGAUGUGGCCUUACAGAUAGCAAACAAUGACAUGCAAGUGAUCAUAAAGCCAAGGACAAAAUUAAAGCCAAACUUGAAAUUUUUUUUUUUUGGAGUAAUAAUGACUUUCCCAAUUGUUUUGAUGGUGCAAACCUUGAGAUUUUGAUACUUUGGAUAAAAGGAGAAGUUAAGGUGAAAGACUCAUCCGUAAUAUUUCAUGAGAUGAACAACCUUAUAAUUUUGUAUAUGCUUUACGAUGAACCUAAGGUGUGUUUCAAUCUAUCAACACAGUCACUUCUUUCAUUAAAAAAUAUCCGAACUCUCAUCUUUGUUGGCUGGAAUCUAGGUGACAUCUUUAUUUUGAAAAAUUUGCAAAGUCUUGAGGCUUUUGAGCUGAAAAAAUGUUUAAUAUUUGAAUUACCAAGGGAAAUUAGGGAAAUAAAGAAGUUAAGAUCAUUGAGUUUAAGAAAAUGUGAAAUUGAAAACAGCAGUCCUUUUGAAGUGAUUGAAAGAUGCUCACAAUUGGAAGAAUUAUAUUUUGUUGAGAAUUACAAUGUCAAAGAUUGGAAGCGGGGGGAUGACAAAGAAAUUGAUGAGGAAAUUGCUUGGCAAAUGUAUUCUAUUGCUUUGCCUAGUUUUAAAUAUUUUGCUAAUGAUGGUAAUGGCAUGUCAAAUUGCUUUAAACCAAAACUCAUUAAAAAUUUAAUAUCAGAAGCCAUGUUAAAGUACUUAGUAGGAAGAGCAGAGGUUCUUGAGUUAGGGGAAAUUGGGCAAACAGGAUGGAAAUGUCUAGUCCCUGACAUUAUUCAUAUGAAAGAUAAGCUCAUGAAUAAUUUGAGGAAGCUUUAUUUGUAUGAAUGGGCUGACAUCGAGUGCCUUAUAGAUGCUAGUAAGAAUCAUUCUUAUUCUAAUGUGCUAGCCUUUUCUAAGUUGGAAGAGUUGCAUUUGGAUGGUGUGGAUGUAAAAGAAUUAUAUCAGGGUGAUGUAUCUUCUAGCUUUAUCAAGAAGUUGCAGAUUUUAAAGUUAAAGAAGUGUAAGAAACUAGACAACAUAUUCUUAGAUGAAAGUCUCAAACUACCUCAUUUGAAGGUCUUGGGAUUGCAAGAAUGCCCACAGUUCCAACCAUCAAUUUUUCGACGCUCUAUUGCUCAAAGUCUAGUACAAUUGGAAGAAUUACACAUUAAUAGUUGUGGGGAGCUGCAAAGUUUAAUUGCAUGUAGUAGUUUGGGAGAGGAAAUAGUUGAUGUUGAUAAUGAAAAGAGUUAUGGAUUAUUGUUUCCAAAGUUAAAAUCUCUUAAAAUUCAAGGAUGUGGCAAAUUAGAAAUGGUGUCAUCAUUCCUACCUGGAGACCUUCCCAAGUUGGAAGAUUUAUAUGUACAGGAUUGUGAGAAUCUAAAAUACAUAUUUGGUGAAUAUGGAGAUAUGGAUCAAGUUUCACUACAAGAAACUAUGCUCCCUUCACUAAUAAAAGUGAUUCUUGGUGGAGUACCAAGUUUCAUUAGCAUAUUUGAAAAAUGCAAUAAAUGUAUGCCAAGGCCACUUGAAGUUUUGAAAGAAGAUUCGAAGAAUAAAGAUGAAAGCUCAAGUAAAAGAAGUGCCUUCUCAUGGGCUCAUGAGUGUUGCUUUGGGGCUCCAAUUAAAGAUACUAAUAUUGUAGUUUCUAAUGCCACACUAAAACCCAGCACAAUCUCACAGGUGCCUUUCAGUUCAACUGGCAAAGAAGGAGAGCAUAAAGCUUGGAAGAUAUGAGGUCAAGGGUUCAAACCUUGGCUUUGGCAUAAACAUGAUGAAUAUAUGAUAUGGUAAGGAGCAAGUGACAUAGCGCAAGGUGGACAAUAACGUGUCAUGAGUUGUCGCACAUGUAGUGGGUGAUAGGGCACGAGAUGGUAGGUGACAUGGUGGUUGACAAAGCAUGAGGUUGUUGAUGACAUGUCAUAAAUUGACAUCACACAUGGCGGGUGAUGUGGCAUAAUUAUUUUUAAAUAUAAGCAUAUUUAGCGAGGGAUUCAGUCCCUAGCUAAUUUUAGCGAGAGAUUGAAUCCCUCGCUAAUUAGUAAGGGAAAUACAAUUCCUCACUAAAUUUAGCGAGCUUUUUUUUAGCUACGAAUUUAGCACAAAAUUCGUAGCUAAAAUGCAAUUUAGCUACGAAAAAUGGCAUUUAGUGAGGGAUUUGUCCCUCGCUAAAUUUAAUUUUUCUAGUAGUGAUAAGGCGGAUGACACUUUCGAGAUGUUCAAAAUUAAAAUCAUUGUUCAAUGUAUCUAUUGCCACAACCAUCAUGUUGGAGCAGUUGGGCAUUGAUGAGUGUGAAGAAUUGAAGCACAUAAUAACAAAUGAAGUAGAGGAUGAUGGCCAUCCCAAUUGUACCUCCAUUUUCUCAAAACUACAGCGGCUCAAAAUCUGGCGGUGCAAGAAGUUGGAAUUUAUAUUUCCAUGCACUUUUUUUGGAGGUCUUCAAAAAUUAAAAUCUAUAGAAAUCUAUGAAGCCCAUGAACUAAAAUCUGUUUUUGGAAAAUACCAUGAAGAGUGCCUAUCAAAUGAGAAUGAAUACAAGGAUCUCCACAUUGAUCUUCCCUCAUUGGAAACGCUAUCCCUUGAAGGUGUACCAAAUAUGAGGAGCAUUUGUAUCAAGGAUUAUCAACUGGAAUGCACAUCUCAACAGAUUAUGGAAGUACAAAAGGAAAUUGAGGAGCAUAUGGAAGAUGUCGCAAGUGAAGCAGCAAAGGAAUCUGAAGUACAGGAGAUUGUGAAUGUUGACAGACCACUCAUCCCAAGUGUGGGCACCCAAUAUUUUCUCAACUUCAGCAAUCUAAAAGAAAUAAGAGUAAGGAGAAACAAAAAGUUGAAAACUCUGUUCUCUGUCUCUGCAUGCCGAACCCUAUCACAGUUGUCCAAGUUGGUUAUAAGGGACUGUGAGGAAUUAGUUAAUGUUGUUGAAGAAGAUUUUUUUAGUUCCAUUUUCCCAAAACUGGAGCAUCUAAAAAUUAGGGAGUUCAACAAGCUGGAGUUUAUAUUUCCUUUCUCUCUUCUGAAUGUUUUUCAAAAAUUAAAAUAUUUGAAAAUCUGGGAAGCUACUGAGUUGAAAUACAUUUUUGGAAAAUAUCAUGGUGGAGAUUAUUUAUCAAAUGAGAAUGAAAGUGAUGAGCAUCAUAUUGAUCUCCCAGCUUUGGAAACACUGAUACUUAAAGAUGUACCAAAGAUGAUCAAUAUUUGUGCAAAGAAGUAUCAUUUGGGUUUGCCAUCUCUACAACGUAUCCAUUUGGAUGGUCAAGAGUUCAGCGGAAGAUCUUUUCCCGAUUUGAUGGCUUACUUACAAGGAAUACGAUUGAAUGUGAAAGCUCCAGAGGACUUGAUGAAAAUUAUCAAGGAUAUGCAGAAGUUGACAUUUCUUGGAGUAAGCAACUACAAUAUAGAUGUUCUUAAUUUGGAACCGGAAAUUGAAGCUUAGAAGCAAUGAUUUUGGAAAAUCUGAGUGAGUUGUGGCAUAUAUGUAAGGGUCCCAAAUAUAUUUUGAGCCUCCACAAUCUUUGCCACCUACAUAUCAAAGCAUGUGAGAAGCUGAGAGCAAUCUUCUCUGUCUCAAUAUCAAAAAGCCUCCCACAAUUAUCCUCAUUAAGGAUAAGUGAUUGUAAUGAAUUAGUUGACAUCAUUGAAGAGAGUGCUGAGGAUCAUUUGCAUCAACUCUGCUUCCCAAAGUUAGAACAAAUUGAGAUCAAGUGUUGUAACAGAUUGAAAUGCCUUUUCUCCAUCUCAACACUUUCCAUGUUUCCAAAGCUGCGGGAAUUGGAAAUAGAAGAAACCUCAAAGUUGGAGCAAGUAUUUACGUGCAAACAGAAUGAUACAGAAAACAUGGUGCUGGAAGAUGUGUUCCCAAAUCUAAGGACAAUAACACUCAAAAGUUUGCCAAUGCUUGCUACUAUUUGUAGUGGGAUCAAUUUCCAAAAUGUGCGACGUCUUAUUAAAGUAGAUGAUUGUCCCAAAUAUCAUCAAGAAAUUACUUCUCAACUGCAAGGACCUUCAAAUUUGGAUUCAAAAAAUAAAGAAAAAACGGAGGAGCAACUCUUUGUCAAUUCUGAUAAUGCUCAGGCUGUGCCAUAUAUGGGAGAAACAAGUGGUUCAUCAUCAAAUUUAGCAAAGAUUAAGGGAGAAACAUUAAUGGAAGUUCAAGCUAAAGACCCUACUCCAUCUUUAGAGAAACAUGCAUCAAAAACUUCAGCAGCUGAAUCACAAUUGAGAAGGACAUAUGUAGAUGAGUUUGACGAUGAACGUGAAACAAGCAAUUCGACUAUGCAGCUCCAACAUGAGGAUCUUGCAGAAGCAAAAUCCACCAUUAAAGCUUCUCAUAAGACUAAUAUACCAUUUGAUGAUGAUAGUAUGGGUCCCAUAAUGCAAGAAAAAGUUCAAGAAGGUCCUAUCUCAGAGGAUGUAGUGGUAGCAACUAUGGUAGCUGAGUUGGCAACAAGAAACUCAUCUUCAAAAUUGAUCACUCCUCUCCAACAAGAGAUCUCAUCUUCUGCAAAACAUGUACCUUUUUCUCUAUUCAUUGCUUCUUUUAGGAUUUGAUGCUGUUGGAAUCAAGAAGAAAAACAAUCAGAGAAAAGAUAAUUGUUGUAUAUUUGAAUUCUUCACCAAAUAUUAAAGGAUCUAAGAAUUCUAAUAAAACAACUUGAUGCUUACA